AUGAGGCUUCUCAAUGGCGCACCAACAACCGAGGCAUUGGUUGGGCUCCCAGAUGGUACUGAUCCUGUAAAUGAUGAGCAUGAAUUGUGGUUCUUCAUCAACGGAGUGGCAACUGGGCAAUCCAACCUAGAUCUCCUUGCCCGAACUUUUCAACGAGAAGUCGUUGGAAUCCACAACAUCACAGCGGGCUUCAUAUUCGACCUCCUCGAAUGCCUCAUCCAACGAGACCUCGACUACAAAACCAAAGACAUCCGCAUCGGCCGGGCCCAACUCCGCUCUGCUCUCGCCGCUCCAGCUACCAAGAAAGUCGUCUUGAUCACCCAUUCCCAAGGCGGCAUCGAAGGCUCCUCAAUCCUCGACUGGCUCCUAACCGACCUCUCCACCGAAGCCGUCUCCAAGCUCGAAAUCUACAAUUUCGGUAACGCUGCUCGCCACUUCAGCAACCCUCUCAUCAAAUCGCCCUCUCCUGGCGGCGUCGGAGAAGGCAAAGGAGGCAGAGGAGAGAGGGUCAUUAAGUAUAUUGAACACUAUGCCAACUCGCACGAUUUCGUGGCCAAUAUCGGGGUCUUGAAUUUCACAAGUCCACAGGCGCAGCCGUAUGCGGAUGGGAAUCCGUUUUACGGACCUGUGUUUAUUAGGGAGGGAUCGGGGCAUUUGUUGAAUAUGCAUUAUUUGGAUACGAUGUUUACGAUGAAAGAUGGGAGGGUGCAUGAUGAGGGAAAUGAGUUUAUGAAUACGAUACUUCAGGAUAGGAGGGAUAGGGGCGAGAUGGUGAAUGGCAAUGGGGUGAAGAGGAUCAAGGAUGUUUCGCGGUUGUGGCAGUAUAGGAAUGGUGGGGGACCAAAGGAUGAAUGA